AUUUUCUCCCUCCUGCGGAAGAAAGAUGCUUUUCGCAAAAAUUACCUGAAUGUAAUAAAAUACUUCAAAAAACUAUUUUAAAUGAUGUCUGGUGGUCUUAUAGAUAAAGUUUAUAUAGGUCUGGAUAAUGCGCCGGCCGCAUUUGACAUAAAAGGACGUAUUCUAGGCCCCAAUGGAACCAACUUAGAAUACAUUCGAUCGGAAACUGGUGUGGUAGCUGUAUUGAAAGGUGAUAAACUUGAGCCAUUGCAUUUGGCCUUACAUCAUACCAGGUCUGAAGCUUUGGCGGGUGCCAGGUCUCUAGCACAGAAUUUGAUAGAGACUAUACGGGCAGAAUUGGCCCAAUGGAGUGCGGCUCAGGCUGGAGGGCCGCCGCCAGCUUUGAAUGUUCCUCCGCCGACGCUGACGACGACUAGUGCGCCACCGCCCGUGCCGCCACCUGUCGUGACCGCAGCUCUGUCGACUCCGCCAACGUUAACAUCGACUGCGCACCCCGCCGUCAUCCCUCCAGUAGUGAGUGUAGCUCCUGCGACAACUCCUUUGAUGACAGUGCGCCAACCCACAAUGUUACAACUCCUCCAACCUCAGCAGCAAUAUGUUCUAAACCAGGAAAAUGGGCAGCUAAUACCUAUAGUACAACCUGGGAUGCAGGUUUCAAAUGCAAACUUUACAUCAUUGCCUCUUGGCCAAACUUUAAGUUUACAGCAACCAAAUUUUGGGACACAGAUAGUGGAUAUAUCAAGUAUGCAGCCAGUGAAUGUGACACAAUUAAGACUUAGUGGUGUACCAUCUUCUAUGUCAAUGAUAUUACCUAAUGGUCUAACGUUUCCUCAAGCAAGUCUUUCGACAUCGGACAGCACAACUGUGAGCACGGCAACAUCUACUCCGGUUGUUUGUGCUGCACAGAGUACUAACUCAUGUCAAAAGAUCUUAUACAGUACUGACAAGGGAGAUAAAGAUAUUAAAUAUCACAUACAAGGGGCUGAUACUGUGCAGUGGACAGUACCUGGCUCUCAAACUAUGUUGAUACCAUACCAGCAGCUACAAGACUUAACGGGAGGUCAACCAGGCUUGACAAACUUUCAACCUCAACAGUUUGUGUCUAUAGCUCCAGCCGGCAGUCUGCCUCAAACAUCACUUCCUCUGACCGCUGGACAAUUACAGCAGUUACAGGCAACAGGAACAUUUAUGCAGCUAAAUCAAAAGCCAAUAGCAAGCAGUGCUUCUUUGAUAAACAUUAUAUCGACUGGACAAGCGUCGUCGCCACAAAUAAUAUCUAAUACAUCUACUCCUUCGAAGAGUGUCAGCCAGGAAUCCAGAGGUCAGAAGAGGUUGUCCGAUGGCACUCCGAGUCAAUUGCAAUUGAGACCCAUAGCGCCGGCAGUGUCGCAUGUGAGCCAUGACAAGAACUCGACGAGAGAUUCCCGCACCUGGACCGCGGCCCCAGGUAAAGACAACACCAUCGUUAGCAUGGGAAUGAAAAUCAAUCCAGCACACGGGACCAUCAUCCAAGUUUCUUCGGGACAACAGACGAAUGUGUCUUCGCCCGGUCUAGGCCCAGACGCUACGGGAAUGUACAUUCGCCAGAUCGAUAGAAACGCGAUACAAAUACAAACUAGCAAAGACGGACAGAAGCAAGACCUCAGCAAAGUCCAGAACACCGCACAGAACGUGCAAAUGAUCACUGUUCCACAAGGCAUGACAGUACUACAGAAUCCCCUGAACAUAAGCCAAGUCCCCACCAUGCUUGGCCCACCCAACAGUCAGGUGUACAUGAUACCUGCCAACCAUCCGAACCUCAUGCAAAGUGCUCUGCCUCCCGGCUUCCAGCAAGUUCUUCAGCCUGGUCAGAACGUCACGGUCAUGCAACCCAACCAGUUGGGUAUGCCCGCUGGAGUACAAUACAACGUGCCAUUAAUGCCCAUGAACAUGCCAGCUACCUCCCAAUACAUGCCCACGGGCAUCAACCUCAACACGCAGCUAUCCGCACAGCAACUGAACGCAGCUCUCGCAGGACAUCAACUAAACCCCAGUCUAGGGACUAUACCUAUAGUGCAAGCCCCGCCCCCAUCGUCUCCCUUGACGAAUUCAGCGCAGACGAUCCCCGGCACACAGCCUCCAUUACAGCAAAUAGUUCCAAACUCUUUCAUAACCCCCACCUCACAGUACACUGGUCUACCUCAGCAGUACAUGAUGCAAGGCAACUCAGGAACUAUCACAGUACCAACAAACAAUGCGACGGUACAAUACAGUAUACCUGUCUCACAGACCACGCCUACUAAUGGCAACGGACAAUCCACGGCUACAGAGACUGAAUCGAACGGAGCUAAUGGUCAAACCAAUUACAUCACUUCUUCAUCACAAGACAACGGGUACACGUUGACGGGAACAGUGCAAAAUCAGCAAACGUUCACGUCCGAUGGACAGUCGACGCAGACGACGGGGUUUACACCGGCCAACCAGAAUGGCACUGCGACGUACGGUACGUCGAAUGGAAACCAGACAACAGCAUACGUGAGCCAGACGCCCACGACACAACCGCCUCCCGCCUACAACCCGACGAACGGGUCCACUCCAAACUCCAGUCAGACGUAUGCGCCACCGAGUACACCGACAUCACAGAAUUCUCAAACGUCGUUCUCUCCGUCGACAACGCCGGCGCCACAGACGUAUCCAACAGCGAAUCUCCCUAACAUGCCGAACGUUGCGUUCGCUCCGAACCAGUCACCACAGAAUCCUUAUCCAAACGCCACGGGACAAAACUUGGCAGCUUACGCGAGUAACCAGUACCAGUACACCAGCAGACCUUGGUUCAGGCCGCGGUACGGGUCCCCACAAGGGUCCCCCUACAGCGCGGGCACGGGGCCGCCCCCUAAUGGGCCGCCCAUGCCCGUGCCCCCUCCCUCAGGAAGCUAUAACUAUUGGCCGGACAGCUGAGACUUAGAAAGUAUUAUUGGGACUGAAUUUGACCAGUGAUAACUGUAGAAUAAUUUGUAAUAAGAGAGACUGCUUUAUAAAUAUACAUUUAUAAAAUGUAAAGAAAUAUUUUAGAACUUAGACAGAAAUAAUGAGUAUUUCCUAUAUUUUUUCGUUUUAUUGUAAGGAUAAAGCGUCGUCUUAACUUUCUUUGUAUACCAGUGUAAUAUCAAUAGCAGUGGUGUCAAUGCGAUUGUUAAUGUCAAACAAUAAAAUAAAAAUAGAGGCUUACACCUUAGUAGUUUUAACACUUGAUGUCGUGCAGAAGUUCACAAGUAAUAGACAAAACAUGUAAGAUAUUGAAUCCGACUCAUUACUCUUGAUGUGAAUGAACCUGCGUAACAGUAAAGGAACACUAUACACCGACUUUUAAUUCGAUUCAGUAAUAAUAUUUCCAACAUGUCCACAAAAGGAUAAGUAUAGGCUGAUGAAUUGCUAAUAAAGAUUUCAUGAAACGAAUAAGUUGGUCAAAGAUUGUGAAUAAUCUGAGUAAUCGAUAUCGCUGUCACUGUUUACAAUUUCCAUAUUUUUUCCUUAAAAUAAAAAACUUAUUCAAAGGCUGUACCUACAUUGGAUGAGAAUGAAAAAGAUCAAUUAAGAGAUUGUAUUUUAUUUUUACAAAUUCUCUGUAGCCAUUGUCAUUUUACUAAAUAGGAUUAUAAGUCGUGACAAACAAUAACUUGUAUCCAAUAUAAAUAGUCACUAAGAAAUAUUUUCCGAAAGCACAAGAUCUGUUCACUGCAUUCUAUCUUUUAAUUCUACAUUAAUGAAAGUGCUCGAUGUGUAAUGUACACUAAUGAGGCAUAAGGUCCAACCACGAGGUAGAUGUAAAUAAUAAAAUUGACUGAUCAAUUGCUUAAUAAUAUAAAAAAACAACAAAAAGACCUUACGUCUCACUAGCGCCACGUACCUACAACUAAUGUCAAAUACAAUUUUUAAUAUCAAAAAAGUUUCUAGUACGAAAAACUGA